CGUUCCUGUCAUGGCUGCGCCCUGAAUGAGAGCAGUGCACAUGCGAAGAGAGAACAAACGAAGGGUUACACCAUGUGUGAAACUUAGAAGACCCUGCCUGUGGCUUUGUCAUGUCAUAUUUUAUAUAAUAUGAGAAUGUAUAAAUCAGGUUUUAAGAUGCUCAGAUAUGCUCUGAGGUCAACAUCAUUGUGGAAAUGUGAUACUUUUAUGUGGACAAAGACAGUUUUAGACUGUAAGAGCAGAAGUUUUGCUGUUUCCUCUCGAUUAGGGAGAAAAACCGCACACACUUUAGAAACAGUGAGGUAUUACUCUCAAGGCAAUGAUUCUGAGGAACUCCAUGUUGCCUUGCAAUCCACCACCAAAGCCACUAAACUACACCCAACAGAGAUUAGCGUAAUACCCUCAGAUAAACCAGAGCAGGCGGCCCCUUUCUACACAUAUUAACAGGACUGUUUUUCCCCCACUGAUGUGCUAGACAGGUUGAAACAAUUCCCAGUGCCACAGCAGCACAUCAGCAGGUUUACACGCAUGUGGGAAAGUAUGAAGAAAAUGACAGAUGAACAGCGGCGCUAUGAGCUGCAGUUGAUGUUUGAACACCCAACGUUUGAGGAGCUCUGCGAUCGGGCCACGACUGACGCCUGGCGCAUGAGGGGUGAAGAUCUGGCCUACAGUCUGCUUGCAAUUGUCAAGCUGCGGGUUUCACAAAAUGCACGAGUAGUGCAGACGUUGCUGCGUGUUAUACAGGAGCGUCUGACUCAGUUUGAUGAGAGGUCUCUGUCAGUGCUGGCGGGCUGUAUUCGGGGCAUGGACAACAGUAAAAAUGUUCAAGCCCUGAGAGAGGCUUUAAGGUUGUUGCUAAAGGAUCAUAUUCCUGAGAUCCAGAGUGUAGUAGUCCUUCAGAGCAUGAUGCAAGCAGUGGGCAAAGACUCGCCCAUACACCUGAAGAAAAAACUGGCGAUGAAGGCUCUUUCAUUGGCAGAUGAGUUUAGUCCCCCCAACACUCAGUACAUGUUCUUCAGUCUGGCUGCCAUGAGCCUGAACUUCAAACCUCUGCUGGAUGUCUGCAGCAAGAAGAUAGCUGAGAAUGUGCAUGAGUUUCCCUUCAGUAGACUGCUAGCGGUGCUGAAGUCCUGUCAUGAGCUUCACUACAGGAACUACACUCUCUUCAGCUCUGUUUCUGAGUAUGUGAGCAACACCUUUGAUAUGUGGUCCAACAAACAGGUGAUUCUGUUUCUAGUAACAUUUGAGGAACUUGCGUUCAGACCUGUGGCUCUGUUAGAUGCAUUUGCAGAGAGAAUAAUGCAGAAAUCGGACAGUCUGACCCUGAGAGACAUCCUGAGCAUUUUAAAAGUCUUUUCAUUGCUCAAUCAUGACCUGAAAGAGAACAAACAACAGUUUUUGGCCAGCAUAACAAAGGUCUUAGAGUGGUACCUCCCAAAGAUCUCUCUCAUUGAGCUGCUCAAAGUCGUUCACUAUCUUGGAUUACUGGAUCACUUCCCUCAAACCCCACUGGAGAAACUGCUCAACCACAACACCCUGGAGCAGCUACUGCACAGAGGCAGACAGUCAAAUAAGGUGGCGAGAUGGCUGCAGACUUUGGACCUGUGUCUGCGAUUGGACAGACACCAAUUGCCCCCCGCUCUUACGUCCAUCCCAGACCUCCACAACACAGUUCCUGCUCAUGAGCUCUCGGUCAACCAGGAAGUGCUCAGUACAGUCAGGGGCAUCAUGGGAUGUGAUGCGGUUCAAGACAGUGUGCUGGAACAGGGUGUUUAUUUCAUUGAUUGUGUGAUUACUCUACGUCAUCAAACAGAAGAGAAUUGUGACCCCCACAUUAAAGAUUCUGGGUCCCUUAAAUGUGCCCGAAGGAUUGCAAUGGUCUGUGCCCCGUCAGCUUCAUUUUGCUUUGGCACAACGCAUCCCAGAGCCAGCCUGGCUGUCAAACUUCGCCAUCUCAAAAUACUUGGUUAUAAACCUGUUUUGGUUCCAGUCCAUGAGCUCAGCUCUCUGAUUGAGGAGGAAAAGAUUAUGAUGCUGCAGAAUCUAAUUUUACCAGGACAGGAGUCCUCUGAAAUUCUGACAUCACAGUGAACAGUGAACUGUACCUACAGAACCAAUUCUGUAGUCUUUCAUGUGGCUCCAUAGAUGAGCACAGCCUUGUGAUCUUAGUAGGAUAUUGAUUCAGGAUGCAUAUUUAUUGAUUUGUAAUAUCAGUAUUGUACAGUUAUGUAUUUUUUCCUCCAACACCAAGAGAAAAACAAACUCUGUGAAAGAUUGAAUAAAUAUGCAUUGAAUUUUGCUUAUCAUAAUAAACACAUUUUUACAGUUUUUGCCAGUGCUUAAGAAUAUUAAACCUAUUAAACGGCAACCCAAUUCUGAGCACAAAUCUGAAAAGGAUGUAGACAAAAUACAGUAAAAUGGUUGCAAUUCAUUAACCUAUUGUACUCCAGACAUAAGCCUGGUCUCUCUUGAGUUUUUUUUUUAAUUAAAGAAUGAAUUAAAGUUAUUAAAAAACAUAGCAAGAAAAGCUUCAAUUUAUUGGGGAGUGAUAAGCAGUUAAACUUGAAUUUAAUUAAAUACAAUGGUAUAUAUAGUUUAGUGCCCAUUUCCAUCAACAAAAUUACUAUUGCACUAUCAUGCUUUUGGACAUUUUAUGAUAAUAUUAUGUUUUAUUGGACAUGUACUAUGAACAUAAAUAAUUAAAUAAAAAUACU